AUGGUCGAGCCCCGAAAGAGCGACAAUGGCACGGCCUUUUUGUUCCCCCCGGCCACCGCUGCCAACACCUCCACCAACAACAACAACCGCCUGCUGCCCUCGCCCAUCCCGCCGCCCACCGCCUCGUCCGUAGGCUCGCACCGCCCCCGCUCCAGACUCGGCAGCUCCGUGUCGGGCAUCUCGCGCGACGACGUCGAGGGCUCGUCGUCGACGGCCGCCGCUAGGAAGCAGUCCGUCUCGAGCACUCCGCGCACGCUGGCGUCGUCAAAGGGGAGUGCGAGUGCGGCCGGCACAGAGGCACGUGAGAACAGGGAGAAGCAGCGUGCUGUGCGAUCGCUACCUCCAUGGGUGCAGACAGCAGACGAAGACGACAAUGCAGACGUCACCUCCCUCCUCCUCCCGCGAACGCCCACUUCCAUCCGCCCAGCCUCGCACCACUACAUGCCCACGCCCAAAUCAAACGUCCCCGGCCGCAAAUUCGACCACGCCCGCGAAGGCGCCCCCGUAACCCUCACCACGCACGUCACCGACAGCGCCUCGAAAUGGGCGCAAUUCGCCGCCGCCUCGCAAUUCGACGCGCUGGACCGGCCCCUCUCGUCCCGCGGGCAGAUCGUCGACGACGCCUGGAUGGCGGAGAACAUGCCCGACCUGGAAAAACCCUGGGAGCCCAUCGAGCAGGACGACGAAGCCGAGAAGCUAAAAGGCUUCUGGCUCUUCAACCCCGCCAAGCGCCGCCGCAAAGUCACCCGCUGGCACAGGACCAUGAUGAACCACCCCAUCGUCCCCGCCAUGAUCCGCAUGGUCGUCCUCACCUUCUCCAUCCUCGCCCUCUCCCUCGCAGGCGCUAUCUUCCACCGCUCUGAUUCCGCGGGUUGCGAGAAAAACGCAUCAACAUGGAUGGCAAUGGUCAUCGACGUCACAGCCGUCCUGUACACGGUCUACAUCACCUACGACGAAUACACAUCUAAACCCCUGGGUCUGCGCUCCCACAACGCGAAGAUGAGCCUCAUCUUCCUCGACCUGGCCUUCAUUGUCUUCGAGAGCGCGAAUCUUAGCCUCGCGUUUCAGGCCCUCACGGAUGAUACCUGGGCGUGCACGCAGUCUACGGGCCCGAAUAGUCAGUGUGCGUAUACGCGCGGCAUAUGCGUGAGGCAGAAGGCGCUGGUGGCUACGCUGCUUAUUGCGCUUGUGGCGUGGUUGGGCACGUUUACUAUUAGUACGCUGAGGUUGAUCCAUCGUGUUGCUAGAUAG